CUGAACAUGAAAAGAAACGAAUCAAAGCCGAGUGAAUUCAUAUCCCAUAUGCAACAAUGGCUGAAAAAAGCAGAUGCUGAAGUCCUUACUAGUCAAAUAAGGGAAGAAAAAUUGAAAUAAAGUCAUUCCUGAUUAUUCUAAACGAAACCUUAAAAUAAAGCGCAAAUCCAACUGUAGCACUGACACUCAGAAUAAUCCCUUGUUUUACUCGCUUAAAGAUAUUCCAGAGAGAGGAAAAUAAGAAAAUGCGUAUAACUCAACCUAUAUUUCAUUCAAAGAAGAAAUUUUCAAAUUUGAUGUCCAAGAGAAACAGUAUGGCUAGUUCAAAAAUGCCAAAAGAAACAACUACAGUUAUUACAGAUGAUGUCAUUGAUUCGAGUAAUUUUAUGACCCCCGUUGGGAUCUUUGAACCAAAUUCUCAAAUAUGGAAUAUGCAGAAAACAGAUCAUUUCAGGAAUGUACAUACUUCAAAUAGUAUACCGAAAUAUGCACUUCAGCCACCUCAAAAUCCUGAUUUACCCACCUCUUCUCUUCUGACCAAUCAAGCUCUUCAAACUACUCUUACAAAUUAUCCUUCCUUGACCUUUGCCAAACCUAGAGUCUGCUUCUCUCAGAAAGUUCCUCGUUCUAAGAGCCAGAAGACCUUAUCUCGUCUAGAAGCUAAAGAGACAGAACACAAGUUUAUCAAGAACAAGAACAUUAUUACAAGAAUGGUGAACAGGACUUUUAUGAAGCUGAAGAGACAGCAGGAGUUGGAAAGUAUGAGGAAGAGGGUACAGACGCAGAGGCAGAUUAAUAGGGAGAGUAUGAUGAGGGCGAAUGGAGGGUGGGAGAAUGGAGGGUACUCCAGGUUGUUGCAGAGUAAGCUGUAUAAGAUUGAUUCAAGGGCUUUUGUGAAUGGGGAUGGACUUUCGGAUACUCCUGGGGUCGAGAUUUUUGAUAAUCAGGAGAUUAGAAAGGCAUCUACUCAUGCUUCAUGAGUUGUUUCUCAUGAUAAUUCACCAACUAGGAUUAAUGGAGUGCUUGAUAAUAAGACUAGCUUUCAUCCUGAUAAUUUGAAAAAUAAGUUGGAAAUUAUUCAAAAAGUUAAAGAUAAGGCUAAAGAAGAAAUAAAAAAGGAUAAAAUUCUUGUCAAAGUUAAAAGCGAUGCCAAAAUUGAAGGGAGCAUUAUGCCUCAUAAGAAUAUUUGAACAAGCCCAGUAUCUCAACAAUCCACUAAUACUCUAAACUCAAUGAAAAACAGCUUUACUCUUAAGCGUAACCUUAAAACAAGUCGAGAAAGUCACCAUUCCAAAAGCUCUCUCCAAAACCCUCUCUCUUCAACAGAUGCUCUUAAGAACAAAACCUUUAACAAAACUACAAAGGCUGAGAUCACAGCUAUGCUGGCUGCCAGAAAUAGGCCUCGUAACGAAUCUUUAAUCCCUUCUCAGAAGGACAUAAUCUCUUCAACAGGGAUUGCCAGUACAGAAUCCAACUUCCCUCUAACUAAGGGUAAGUACAAUUUUGGAAAGAAGCUGAAGAAGCUAGGCUCGAGUCCUAAAAAGGUUCCAUUGACCCAAAGAGUCCAAAAGGUGAAUAGACCACCAGAUUUUCUGAAGAAGCAAGCCUUGAUCUCACAGUGAGACUUCAACUUCGGCCAGAUUCCUAUUGAAAUGACCCCUGCGAUGAAAAUACAGCUGGAUGAACUUAAGGAGAAGAUUUUGGAGGAUAACCCAAAUCCUCCUCCUUUUAAGUUGUAGGUCAGAUUCAAUUAUA